GCUGUGAAGGCAUGGUCUUGCCCUCUACUUGGUGCUGGCAGUCUGUCACUUGUGGGAUGCCAGCAGCGUGGUUGCCGUCAGGAAUGCAGGGUCUUGCCCUUUUGUGGUUUAUCGCGUUCGGCUUCGUCUGGUUUAUAGUGUUCUCCAGGGAGGAACUACAUCAGCAACAACAACUAGGAGCAGAUCUUCCUGGUUCGUUGUUUGCAAGGAUUUUUCUUAGUCUGACUUGUCUUAGGCGGGACGCGUGGGGAGGAUCUUUUGAAUUUUACUAGUUCUUAAACUCAGACUUUUUCCAUUUCAUCUUGGUCCGGCGUUGUCUGGCUUAGUGGCUGAUCUUUUUCCCUUCGGGGCUUACUGGGUGGUCGUGUCGGUGCUAUGGAGAGUAGUCGUCAUACUUACAACAUUUCUGAGGAUGGAAGAGAGUUAAAG